AUGAGGUCAUAUUCUACACUUGGACACAUGCUACUUAGAUCGACAGUGGGUCGAUCAUCAACAGCAACAACAUCGAUGGGUGGACAAUUGAUACAGAUAACAAAUAGAAAUAAUAACAUCUUUAAAAUAGCUACAUCAUCAAUGAUAAACCCACUGACAAGUACACCACUGACACCUUCAACAUCAUCAACAUCAACAUCAUCAUCAAUCAGUAAUCUAAACAAUAAGAGUAAUGGCGGAAUUAGUAUAUCAAUGAUCAGGACACCAAUGUUCACUCUCUUGACAGAGUGUUUCAUUUCAUCACUGGACGAUGGUACA